AUGGUCUAUACCAUGGCACAAGCACAACCACACACCCAGAUGGCGACUUGCUGCCCGGGCUGCGGCUACGACCUCCCGCCUCCCCUGCCUGAAAAAUCCUCCUCGUACGCUGACAAGGACCUCGCAGCCGCACAAGCACGCAUUGUUGAGCUGGAGCAGCAGGUUCGACAGCUCAACGAAAAGGCAUCCGAAGCCGUCAGUCGUUGGGCAGACUACGAGGCAGAGCUGGCCAAACUCAAGGGAUCGCAUCCAUCCGUCAUCUCACCACCGGCCUCGGCGCAUUCUGCAGUAUCACCGCCUGCAGACCCUAGCCCUACACGGUCAUCCUUUCUACCUUCUACAGCGUCUUUGUCUUCGCUUCUAUAUCGCAAGUCGACGCCGAAUUUACGAGCUACCAACAAGCCACCGGCUUUAAAGACGACCACACUGGCUCCCAUGCCGGCCCCAGGACUCCCAGCAACUCCAGCAACUGGAGUGUCAAUGGCAGAAGAUCUCCUGGAAGCACUGGGUCGCGAACAAACACUUAGGCAGGAGGCGGAGGGCCGUUUAAGUGCUACGAGCAAAGAAAUGGAGGAACUCAGCGCAGCGCUGUUUGAACAAGCAAACGAGAUGGUGGCUGAUGAGCGCCGUGCCAGAGCGAAGCUGGAGGAGCGGGUAGACGAACUAGAACGCCGCGAUUGGGAAAAACGACAACGCCUGGAACGACUCGAAAACGCCAUGAAUCGCAUUGAACGUGUCAAAAACAUCUUGCGAGACGAUAAUAUAAGCCAGUUUUCAACACCAGCACAGACACCAGCAAAACAGCCCGCGGGUUUGGGAAUAGGGCGGGCUUAG